GACGUGGGGUCUCCCAGCUCGGGAUUCCGAGCUUCUUUACAGCAUGUCCGUCAUCUUCGCUCCUGACUGGUUACACCGCAAGGCCAAGGUCAACCAGGAGACUAUCCAGCGGCUCCUGGAGGAGAAUGACCAGCUGAUCCGCUGUAUCGUGGAGUAUCAGAACAAGGGUCGAGCGAACGAGUGCGUCCAGUAUCAGCAUGUGUUACAUAGAAAUCUCAUUUAUUUGGCCACCAUCGCAGACGCCAACACAAGCAGUCUUACAAAGGCAGUGGAGUAGUCUUCCAGGGGGCUGUGAUGAGCAGUGACUGCAUGGAACCCAUCUCCUGUGAAAUAGAGCGCUGCUUAGAACAUGGCGAAAGGUGCCAUUCAUUUUAGACUGUGAUGAAACUUGCUACCAACUCUACCAUAUUCUUACUGUAAAUAUUUUAGUGAUAAAACAGAUCCCACAGUAAAACUGUGAGGACCUGAGGUAUGUGUGACGGCAGUGUCAUUGUCAACAAUACUGCUUCAUUAUCUAAUACUGUGUAAUAAUAAAUGAUGCACGCCUC